GCGGCCCGGGCUCGCUUCGUCGCCGCCACAGCCACGGUUGCCUCGGCUCCGCCGCAGCCUCUGCCGCCUCUGCUCCGGCUGCGACCCCAACUGAGAUCGAGACCUCAGUCCCUGCCCCGCCCCAGACCGCAGUCGGGCCAACUUCUGCCCAGGCCGGGACACCGGCGCCAGCCCCGGAGGCCCAGUCGUGGGACCAUGCUGCCCAGCUCCAUCCAGAUUUCGGGGGAGCCGCUGUCAGGCGCUGAGGUGCGGGACAUCUGCCGCGGCCUGCGCGACAACGCGGUGCGCCUGCUCUCGCUGCGCGGUUGUCGCCUGUGCGACCGCGACUUUGGACGCAUCUGCCGGGCCCUAGCUGGAGCCACAUCCCUGGCGCAGCUCAACCUUAACCUGGGCGUCGUGUCCAGCCCCAGCCGCAUCAAGCAGCUGGCGGAAGCGCUUCGGACCAACCGCUCCAUCCAGUCCCUCUUCCUGCACGGGAGCCCACUGACGGACGCGGGACUGGCCUUGCUGAACCCUGCCCUGGCUCUCCACCCUGCCCUUGUGGCUCUUGACCUGGGGGACUGCAUGCUGGGUGAUGAAGCCAUCAACCUCAUCUGUGGCCUCCUCCCUCCAGAUGGGGCGAAGUCUGGUUUGAAGGAGCUAACACUGAGUGCCAACCCUGGUAUCACCCCUAAGGGCUGGAGCCGCCUUGCCAUUGCUGUGGCCCACAGCUCCCAAGUCCGUGUCCUCAACUUGGACUACAACCCCCUGGGUGACCAUGUGGCAGGGAUGCUGGCUGUAGCUGUGGCCUCAAGCCGUACCCUAGAAGUCCUAGACUUGGAGGGCACAGGACUCACCAACCAGUCAGCUCAGACCCUACUGGACAUGGUAGAAAAUUACCCGACAGCUUUGCGGAGCCUGGUGUUGGCUGAGAACAGCAUUAGCCCAGAGCUGCAGCAGCAGAUCUGUGACCUCCUCUCUGAAGGGGAAGAAGAGGAAGAGGUAGCAGGAGGGGCUGUGGACACCCAGGAGUGGGGGAGAGGCCGGGAGCCUGCUCCCCACCAGCGGGGUAGCAGCUCCUGGAUGUGCCCCAGCGAUCCCAGCUCUCAGAUGGUGCUGAUGACAUCAGGACUAGGGGACAGUCUGUUGGCUGAGACCGAGAUGUGACUCUCCACUUGGGCUCUGCGCAUCAUUACAUUUGUAUGUGUCCCACUACCUUCCUCCACAUGGCAGGGCAAGGGCCUGGCUGGGGCUCUGGCAGCUGUCACUGGGCAAAUAGCCUUGGGGGAUGGGGUGGGGACGGGACUUGAACCCAGGGUACUGACUUUGAACUUGUUGGCAGCUCUGGCUGCAACCCGCUGGCUCGGAACAGAUUUUAUAAACUGCACAACCUGG